AUGAUACGCUGGACGGCCACACCAAGACUGUCCAUCCCGACCACAAACACGGUCCAUCGGGCUGGCCUGCUUCGCUGGGGCCAUCUGCGGGUGAACGCGCUCCAGCUGCUCCUCCUCAUCGGCUCGAGCGAGGCGCGCUGCGUCCGCCUCCUCGAGGUGGCUGGCGGCGUCGCGGACGCGUGCGUGCAUCUGCUCCGCUCCAACGGCUCAAGGGUCGACCUGGAGGGCGUGCGGGUGGCGUGCAACCUGCUGCGCAACCUCGCCAUGCCCGUGGGCAGCCGCGCGCGGAUCGGAGGCGUCGACGGCGUCUUUGCGUCCCUCUACGCCCACGUCGGGCACCGCGACCCGAACUGCGCGGCGCUUGUCGGCGCGACCCUCCGCCUCCUCGUCGAGGGUUGCGCGCUGAAUGCGGCGCGCGCAGCGCAUGCGGCGGCGGACAUCAGCGGCGGAGGUGGCUCUGGUGGUGGUGGCGGUGGCGGCGGCGGCGGCGGCGGCGAGGACGGCAGCGGCGCGGGGGGCGCCGCUCCGGCCGAGACGUUUGGGUGUAUUGUCUGCGGCGACUACCGGAAGUCCUUCGCCGUCUUUGACCACCGGCACUGGCCGACGGAGCACGAGGCGCUGGAGGCGUUCGGCAAGGCGGAGAUCAAUGAGCUGUACAAGCACUACAAGGACUUCUUCCCGGACACGACGCUCGAGGGCCUGCUCGAUACGUGGAUCGACCUGAAGGAGGAGAUCUCGAAGAGCCCCGGCCUCAAGCAGCGGCCGUUCAAGUCCCUCUGGUCGCACAUGCUCGUCACCUUUUCGGGCGAGUACAUGUCUGUGCUCCGCCUCGUCGCCAUCAUGCUACUGAUCCCGCUCGACACGUCGGAGGCGGAGCGCAUCUUCUCCCUUAUGAACGACAUCAAGACGUCCGAGCGCUCUAGCCUCGGCCAGCGCAACCUGGCAAACCUCAUGUUUUGGCACUACCACGGGCGCAACAUGAAGGCGUGGGAGGUGCCGGUGCAGGAGAUCCUCAAGGAGUUCCAUGAGCUCGUCAAGGGCAGCAAGCGCGGGCGCCAGGCCCACCCGGCCGCCGCACCCAUCAAGUAUGCCUUCCCACUUGCGGAGGACUAUUCUCGUACAGCUCCUCGAGCUCCACCAGCGCGUGUCGGUGAAUCCAGCGUCAUUGCUGUCCUCUUUGAAGGCUUCCUGCUCUUCGAGUACACGCGCAACUUCCUCUCUUGCUGCAAGCGGAUGCUCGGGCUAGAGUACGAGUUCCACAAGGGCGGCUACCUCGGGGUCGAGUACGAGGGGAGGCACGUCAUGCUGCAGGCGCGGCUAGCCGCCAUGAGCCACGCCGCCUCGGGGCGGGCCGCCUUCCACGGCCACGCGCACGCGCCCCUCGCCGCGCCGACGGAUUGCGCCGCGGAGCUGGGCAGCGCCAUCGCGCAGGCUAGCUCCUCGGUCUGCUCCUCCGGCCGCGUGGUUGUGGGCGGCGUGGACUACCUCGAUCGGCUCAAGGGAGUCGCGCCCAAGAUGCUCGCGUGGGAGGCGCUGCUGCGCGACUACCCGCACUACCGGAACGGGCACGUGCUGCUGCAGGUCUGCGUCGGCGCGCGCAACAAGAUCCACAUCCAGGAGGCUGGCCAGGUCGAGGCGGAGAUCACGCGCAUCGUCGAGCGCAUCAGCGCCGCCUAUCCGGGCACAGUGCACUUCGAGGUCCGGUCGAGCCUCUCCCCGGCGGCGCGGCUACAGCUGUGGGCAGGCAUGGGGAUGCUCGUCGGCACGCAGCUGCGCGAGGCCGUCAACGUGUGGCCUCUCGAGUACGUCUACUCGCGCCACUUGCGCGGCUUGCCCGCCGGCGUGCUCGUCCUCUCCGAGUUCUCCGGCUUCGCUCGCGUGCUCAACGGAGGCCUGCGCGAGCUCGUCGAGGCGCUCGACACGGCGCUCCGGAUGGCGCCGGCGGAGCGGCUAGCGCGUGGCCUCAAGGCAACAUUCCGCCUGCCCUCCGAACCUCUCCCCUCUCGCCUCUCGCGUCUGGCGCCCGCCGCCGCACCGGGCGGGGACUUGGCGCACAUCCAGCGCUGCACGCUCGAGGAGUUCGCGAACCGCUUCGUGACGGACCUCAAGGCCACGCAGACAAAGCGCGAGGAGGACUUCGUCUCUGUCGGCUUCGGCCUCUCGAGCUUCCGCAUGGUCGGGAUGGGCGCCGGCUUCAAGCCGCUCGACGUCGUCGAGUCGCUGGACAAGUUCCAGCGCUCCUCGCACCGCGCGCUGCUCCUCGACUGGGGCGGCACACUCACGCCAGCCGACGCCGGCCUGUACGACACGCGCGACUCCACCGACGGCCACGUCGUGCCGCAGCGCGUGCUCAACGCGCUGCAGACGCUCUGCGCCGACCCGAAGAACCACGUCAUGAUCCUCUCCGGGCUCGGGAAGGAGAAGGUGCUCGCCGCGUUUGGGUCCGUCCCCAACCUCUCGCUCGCCGUCGAGCACGGCUUCACGUACCGCGUGCAGGGCGGGCAGUGGCAGCAGCUUGUGCACGGGGUCGACACCUCCUGGCGCUCCGUCGCCGCGUCGGUCAUGCAGCGCUACUGCACGGUGACGCACGGCGCGUACGUCCUCUCGAAGGGCUCGUCGAUGGCGUGGAACUUUGCGGACUCGGACCCCGAGUUUGGGGUGAUGCAGGCCAAGGAGGUGCAGUUCGCGCUGCAGCAUGUCCUCUCCGCCUUCCCGGUCGUUGUCCGGACCGGCAAGGGGUACGUCGAGGCUUGCCUGAAGGACGUCAACAAGGGCGUGAUGGCGGAGCGCUUCGUCGACCUCUGCCAGGGCGGCGGCGCGCGGCCGCUCGACUUUGUGCUCUGCAUCGGCGACGACUCGACCGACGAGCUCAUGUUCGGCCACCUGCACCAAAAGCUGGGCAAGCAUGCGCGCCAGCUGCUCACCUCCACCGUCGGGCGCAAGCCGUCGGAGGCGAACUCGUACCUCAACGACCACGGCGAGGUGCUCGAGCUGCUCGAGCUCCUCUGCACGCACGGCAACCACCCGCCGGGCUCGCAACCGGCGGCCGCCAGCAGUAUGAGGCGGAUGGCCGCGCCGGUGGCCAGCGGCGGCAUGAGCGCAUCGUACCAGAAUCUCGCCGCCCUCGGCUGACCGCGCCGCCGCGCUGUAGCAGACGCGGGUCUUUGGAGAGCUGGAACUCUGUUGGACUGGGGCAUGUGGGGCCUAAAUCUACUGCAUGGGAGGGUCUAUUGAGGUUGUGACGCGGGGGACCCCUAGCAGCAGACGAGAGAGAUCUGCGCACGUGUCGAGGCGGCGCGCUUGUGAUGUGGUUCUCAAGCAGGUACGGCUUUAAGACGCUACUGACGU